GUCAAAAGUUAGUACGCUGAUCAGGAACACUGUCAUAACGGGUUCGAUAGGUGGAAUGUGAAAUUGUGUUUUAGGUGGAAUGCAAUUGAUAAGGGUUAUAGAGUGUUAGGUAACAUUCUGAUGCAAGGAAAAUUCAACAUUUAAAAAAGCUGUACAACAUAAUUUUAUUUUAUUGGAAUAAUUCACAAAGAAAUUUGAUUGAAUAAAACAACAUUCAGUAAUUAGAAAUACAUUGUAAACAAUACAAGUAGUGUACAAAAUGACUUCAAUAUCAUCUGCCCAAGACAUUACCAUCCAUGUUAAUGGUAAAGGCAAUGAAUUUGAAAAGUCCAAUGGAAUAUCAAAUGGAGUGCAUUACAGUGAAACACAAACUGAAGUGACAGUGGUGACCAGCAAAAAACCAACACUAGGAAUUUUUGGAUUGUUUAAAUAUGCUGACAAGAUAGAUGUUGUAAUAUUGAUAUUCGGGACAAUAUUUGCAGUUGGACUGGGGUCAUGUAUGCCAUUAAAUCUGUUAUUGUAUGGAGAGGUUGCUAAUGCUCUGAUUCAGUACACAAAUUAUGUGCAACUUUUAGCAAAGCAAAAUUUGACGUCUAAUAUUACCAAUCCAGAAAUAGCUUCACUUGAAAAAUAUGCAAAUGUUUAUGACACAGCAGUAGAAUAUGCCUUUUUGUUCAGCAUGGUUGGAGUAGGUGCCAUUGUCACUGGGUUCUUUGCUGUAAUGUUGUGGACACUUGCAGCUGAAAGGCAGAUAAAGAGGAUAAGACGCUUAUAUUUUGAAUCAGUGAUGAGACAAGAAAUCGGUUGGUUUGAUACUCAUGAAAGUGGAGAGUUGUCAACAAGAUUUUCAGAAGAUAUGCAUGUAAUCCUUGAUGGUAUGGGAGACAAAGUGGCCACAAUGAUCCAGUGGGUUACUACAUUUAUUGUUGCUUUUAUCAUUGCCUUCAUAAGUGGAUGGAAAUUAUCAUUGGCUUCUGUAGCAUUUUGUCCUGUACUUGUAGUAGUUGGAGCAUUUAUGACAAGGUGGUUACAAACCAUAUCACGGAGAGAAGCCCAGAGUUAUGCCAGUGCUGGUGCUGUGGCUGAGGAAGUAUUUCUGUCAAUAAGAACUGUCAUGGCUUUCAAUGGGCAGACAAAAGAAUGUGAAAGAUACAAUGAAAACCUGAAACAUGCAAAUCGUCAAGCAUAUAGGAAAGGAAUAGCUACUGGUCUAGGGCUUUCUGUGUUCUGGUUCUUCAUAUACUCAGCUUUUGCUGUUGCAUUUUGGUAUGGAAUAUAUUUAAUACGAAAUGGAGAAGCAGGAUUUGAACCAGGAAAGACUUUAACGAUAUUUAUGGGAGUGAUGAUCGGUGCAAUGUCAUUGGGCCAGGCCUUUCCAAUGUUAGAGGUGAUAGGUAAUGCCAGAGGAGCAGCAGAGAAGGUGUAUGAGAUUAUUGAACAGAAAUCAGAAAUUGAUUUCUCCUCAAAAGAGGGGGACAAACUGGAGAAGGUGGAAGGAAAUAUUUCAUUCAAAGACCUAUAUUUUACAUAUCCAGCUAGACCAGAUGUACAGAUUUUGAAAGGGUUGUCACUAGAAGUUAAAAAAGGUCAAACUGUUGCAUUGGUGGGAUCCAGUGGAUGUGGGAAGAGCACAGGAAUUCAAUUGUUACAGAGAUUUUACAAUCCAGAACAAGGGGAGAUUUUUCUGGAUAAUGUGAAUAUCAAAGAUUUAAAUGUGAACUGGUUACGAAAACAGAUGGGUGUAGUCAGUCAGGAACCAGUUCUCUUUGCCACAACAAUUGCCGAUAAUAUAAGAUAUGGUAGAAUAAAUGUGACACAAGCAGAGAUAGAACAGGCUGCCAAGAUGGCCAAUGCUCAUGACUUUAUCAAACAGCUACCUAAGGGGUAUGAAACCUUAGUGGGAGAUCGAGGUGCCCAGUUAAGUGGUGGUCAGAAACAGAGGAUAGCCAUAGCAAGGGCGUUAGUACGAAAUCCUAAAAUCCUUCUCCUGGAUGAAGCUACAUCAGCUCUAGACAAUGAGAGUGAAGGGAUUGUACAAAAAGCAUUAGAAAAGGCUCAGGAAGGCAGGACCACCAUUGUGAUUGCCCAUCGACUGUCCACUAUAAGGAAUGCUGAUGUGAUUUAUGCAAUAGACAAAGGAGUUAUAAAGGAGAGUGGAACCCAUGAGGAAUUGAUGGAGAAAAAAGGAUUGUAUCAUCAGCUUGUUAUGUUACAGGCCAAGCACCUUGACGAAUCAGAGGAAGUUGUUGAAGGGUUAGAACAUGAAUUCUUUGCAAAUGAAGAGGAUAUUGGGGAAAAAGAUUCAUUGAUACGCCCAAGGACAUUCAGCACAUCAUCGUUAAGGAAACACAAGCCUCAGCAUCAAGUUUCUGUUAUCAGCACUCAUAGCGAUAAAGAAGAUGAAAAGAUAGAUGAAUCUGAAGAUAUACCAAACGUUCCCAUGAAGAAGAUUUUAAAGAUGAAUGGACCAGAAUGGCAUUUAAUUGUGAUAGGAAUUAUUGUAUCUAUCCUGGCUGGGGGCUUUCAGCCAAUGUUUGCCAUUAUUCUGUCUGAAUUUUUAAAGGUGUUUACAAUUCAAGAUGAUGAUGAAGCUAAAUCUACAUCUGCAACUUUAGUUGGAAUAAUAAUGGCUGUAGCUGUUGGUUCAGCUACCUGUAAACUUAUUGUUAGUUUGACAUUCUGUAUAGCUGGUGGAAACUUGACAACAAGAUUAAGGAAGUUGGCUUUUAAGUCAAUUGUUUGGCAGGAUGUAGAAUACUUUGAUGACCACAGAAAUACUGUUGGUUCCUUAAUAACUAAACUUUCAUCUGAUGCCACACUUGUACAAGGGGCAACUGGUUCAAAAAUUGGAGUAACAUUAGAAGCAAUUACCACCAUCUCUGUUGCACUUGGCAUUUCAUUUUACUAUAGCUGGAAGUUAACCUUGGUAACUCUUGGAUUCAUGCCAUUUAUGAUCGCUACAGGAAUUGUACACAGUAAAAUCCUGACAGGAUUUGCAAGGGGAGAUAAAAAUUCCUUAGAUCAAGCAGGAAAGCUAUUUUCCGAGGUUGUAGAUAAUGUAAGAACAGUAGUAUCAUUGACAAGAGAAGAAACAUUUAUAGGACUGUAUAAUGGACAUAUAAACCAUGUUUACAUAUCAUCUAGGAAGAGGUCAGUCCUGAAUGGUAUUGUUUAUGGAAUAUCUAACAGUAUAAUGUACUUUGCUUAUGCUGGUGCCUUUACAUAUGGAUCUUAUCUUGUACAAAAGGGCGAACUUGAGUUUCAUCUUGUGUUCAGAGUAUUUGGUGCAAUUAUAUUUGGAGGAAUGCACGUUGGUCGAACAUUGUCAAUGUCUAUGGACUUCAAGAAAGGACAAUUAGCAGCAGCCAGACUAUUCCAGGUUAUAGAGAGAAAACCUAAAAUAGAUGCACAAGAAGACAAGGGAGACAAGCCAGAAAAAAUUGAGGGAGAUAUUGAACUAAGCAAGGUGAAGUUCCAUUACCCAGCUAGACCAGAUGUACAAGUUCUGAAAGGACUGACAAUAAAGGCCAAACAAGGAGAGACCAUAGCUUUAGUUGGGACCAGUGGGUGUGGCAAAAGUACAACAGUACAGUUAAUGGAAAGGUUUUAUGAUCCUGAAGAGGGCCAAGUGAUGCUUGACAGUAGAAAUGUCAAAGACUUAAACAUAAACUGGUUACGAUCUCAGAUAGGAAUAGUUUCUCAGGAACCAGUCUUAUUUGACACAAGCAUUGCAGAGAAUAUAGCUUAUGGUGAUACAUCACGAAACGUACCUAUGUCAGAAAUCAUUGAAGUAUCUCGAUCAGCAAAUAUACAUUCUUUUAUUGAAAGUCUACCUCAUGGAUAUGAAACAAACGUUGGUGACAAAGGAACACAACUUAGUGGUGGACAAAAGCAGAGAGUUGCAAUAGCAAGAGCUUUAGUGAAGAAUCCUAAAAUACUUCUACUGGAUGAGGCAACAUCAGCAUUAGAUACAGAAAGUGAAAGGAUUGUGCAGGAGGCUCUGGAUAAAGCACAACAGGGGCGGACAUGUUUAGUCAUAGCUCAUAGACUAUCCACCAUCAGGAACUCAAAUAAAAUAGCCAUCAUACACAAAGGAGAGGUUGUAGAGUUAGGAAACCAUGCAGAACUUAUGGCAUUUAAAGGAAUUUAUUACAAAUUAAGUACCCACAAUCAAGGAAAAUAAAGCAACUGGUUACCAAAAUGGGAACAAUGACAAUCAUGUACCUUUGUUAAUGUCAGAAUGUCUUAUAGUAUAAUGCAUGAGGGUUAAGAAACAAUCCUUUAGGAUAUGUUGAUUGUUGUUGUUUAAUGCAACUCUCAUCAAACUUGGCUGCAUCCUGAUGGUCAGUUCUUGUUGGUGGAGGAAACUGGAGUACCAGAUGGAGAACAUCAACAUUCAACACAAAAACUGGUAACCAUGAAUUAAUUAAGAUUGGAGUCAAGCACAUCUUGCCACAAGCAGGAUUCAAACUCACAACCUCAGUGUUGACAUGCUAUUCAUCAAUGCAGCUGAUUUACCUAGACCACUUGGCCAUUGAGGCCCUAGAUUCCUUUAGGUUUAGAACCACUUAUUCAGGCCCGGUCCUACAUAAAGAAAAUAGAACAUAUUUUAAACAAAAUAUUUCCUGUAACUUUGUCAAAAGUAAAAAAUAAAGGCUGCAGUAGUACAUCGCUGUUCAAUAGUCAUAAAUCGAUUAAGCGAAAACAAAUCCCGGUUACAAACUAAAACUGAGGGAAACAUUUUGAGUAAUUUUGGAAUCAAAUGAAAGCUAAAGGACUUUGGAUCCCUGUAGAACCCUUGUUGAAACAUUUUCUGAAAGACUGAAAUUAAAAUAGGUGUGUAUAUUUACCCUCUUCCUCAGGUCAGAAGCCUUCAUGAACAAGUGUGCUCUAAUAUGCAAUUAAAAGUAUUUUAAAAUUUUCAGCGAAGUCAGAAAAAGGUACAGUUUUGACAUGAAAUGACUGUCACUUUACUUGAACUUAUGACAAAAUAGCAAUAUAUGCUUGAAAUGGUAGAAUUUAACAUAGAAGUCAAUGGGACUAUAAAUUAGUGGUUUUAUUCCUAUUUAGAAUACUGAUGGGAACAUUUUUUACCCAUAUGACCAACAAUUUCUAAAUAGUUGAACAAAUAUUUGUUUAAAGUAUUAUGUUUUUUAUAUUUUGUUGUUAAGGUUUACUAUUACUAUUUUGUUUUUUUUUUGUUGUUCUACAUCAGUUUAUUACAGGAAUGAUUAAAUGCAAUAUAAAAAUACACAUAAAUGUUAAAUGUUGUCCUCAAUUUAAUAAAAUUAAUGUUUUUUA